CUCAUUGAUUGGCUCUAAAUAUCCUGAUCCUCUCCACAUGUUCUGGUCAGCUGAGGAUUCGCUCGUCAUGUGACUGAAGUCUGACAUGACACAAUAGUCUAAUGAAAAGUGUUGUCAUUGUGAAGUUCUUGUGAGCAAGUCGAGAUGAUGGGGUUGACGAAAGCAAGCGCUUGCAGCGUUGUGUUGCUACUUGUCGUGGCAAUUGAUACAGGGUUCUCGAAUCCCCUAAAAUCCAAGGAAUCCUGGGGCUAUGUUGACGUUCGGGAGGGGGCUCAUAUGUUCUGGUGGCUUUACUAUGCAGACAGCCCGUCAGCCAGAUACUCCCAGCUGCCUCUCGUUAUGUGGCUGCAGGGAGGCCCGGGAGGAUCAGGCUGUGGCUUUGGGAACUUUGAAGAGAUCGGACCCCUGGACAGAGACCUUGAGCCUAGGAAAAACUCCUGGGUUCAGUACUCCAGUGUAUUGUUUGUUGAUAACCCGGUAGGAACAGGCUUCAGCUACACGGACUCAGAGGAGGCCUUCGCUACUGACGUGGCUACGGUCGCCUCCGACAUGCUGGUGCUGCUCAAACAGUUCUUCAACAAGGAGGAAGAAUUCCAGAGCGUGCCCUUCUACAUAUUCUCAGAGUCCUAUGGAGGGAAGAUGGCUGCCGCGAUCUCACUGGAACUCACUAAGGCCGUAGAAAAAGGAACCCUGAAAUGUAACUUUGCUGGAGUGGCUCUGGGAGACUCUUGGAUCUCUCCACUGGACUCUGUUAUGACCUGGGGUCCUUAUCUGUACACCACGUCCCUGCUAGAUGACUACGGCCUGCGGGAGGUGAGCAGUGCAGCGGAGGCGGUGAAGCAGGCGGUGGAUCAGGGGCAGUACCUGAAGGCCACAGAGCUCUGGUCUGUCACUGAGAGUGUCGUGGAACAGAACACAAACGGAGUCAACUUCUACAACAUCCUCACCCAGGAACCUGAUGAGAAGAUGUCCUCCGUGGCUGGAGAAGGAUACCUCUCUCUGCUGAAGCGGCACCACAUUAGCCCCCUCCACCGCCAAUCACUGAGCCAGCUGAUGAACGGGCCAAUCAGGAAGAAGCUGGCAAUCAUCCCUCAGAACGUCACCUGGGGAGGUCAGGCUGAGGCAGUGUUCAGCAGCAUGUCAGGUGACUUCAUGAAGCCAGUGGUGGACGUGGUGGAUCAGCUGUUGGAAGCUGGGGUCAACGUCACCGUCUACAACGGACAGCUUGACCUCAUAGUGGACACCAUGGGUCAGGAGCAAUGGGUGAAGCAGCUGAAGUGGGUGGGGCUCCAGAGCUUCAGCCAAAUGAAAUGGACUGCCCUUGAUGACCCCGCCUUCCCGGGUGUGACCGGCGCCUUCUACAAGACCUACAAGAACUUCUCCUUCUACUGGAUCCUCAAGGCUGGUCACAUGAUCCCCUCGGACCAGGGAGCCAUGGCACUGCAGAUGCUGAAGAUGAUCACACAGCAGGACUGACGCACUUAAUAACACACAGGCGCAUACCUUACCGCACAUGCUAGAGCUGGAUGAUAUGGAGACCAAAAAAAAUCCAUAUUGUGAUAUAUUUCCUUUUUUUUUUUAAAUUUGAUGCAAUAUUGUUAAAUCACGUAUUUUGGGGGGGAGGUAUGCUAAAGCUGGGCGACAUGGACAAAAAGUCCUAUCGUGAUGAAUGUAACUAUAAUAUAUGUUUAAUGGUUAGUUACUUUACAUCGGCGAAGAGCGUCUGCUAAAUGACACAUUUUUAAAUGUAAAGUAGCAGCAGAGCUCUAGACGCGUUUCCAGGGCCAGGUAAGACAACUGAGAUGGUAGCCUACGAUUCUAAAAGUAAGAUAUUUCAUCCAACAUAUCCAGGGAAGGCAUGGUUGAUGUGCAACCUGUCAAUAGGAUCACAACACUGAGCUAGACUACUAACUGUAGAUAUAUUGUUGCUAGGUAACCAUGUAGGCUAAUUGAUUAAUCGAUAAGUAAAUGUAGGCUAAUCUCCUACAGAAACUUCCCAGCUCUAGGCCUAGGCUACUUGAUGUAGGUCUAUUCACUUCAAAUGGCGCGCUCCACGAGAAGGGUCUAAUUGCGGCUCGCAAUUCUGGGCGUUACUGCAUGUGGUCAUUCCUUCAUCUGCAGGAACCACUCUUUAUAGUUCUGUUGGUCCAUGAUUAAGUUAGGACAGUGAUACACAGGCGGGAGGCGGGGGUGAGCGGUAAUGAACCAUAACGUUGGAUGCCAACCGCCGAUAAACCCCACCUUCGCCCUCGCUUGUCGGACACUGCUUUCUCGCAGUUAUGUUUAACGACGUCGAGGGCAGGCGGGAGCGAAGGAGACUGUGCUAGCUAGCUAGGACACCGGGAGGCAGCAGUAACACUGGUUGGUAGCUAGCUAGGACACCGGGAGGCAGCAGUAACACUGGUUGGUAGCUAGCUAGGACACCGGGAGGCAGCAGUAACACUGGUUGGUAGCUAGCUAGGACACCGGGAGGCAGCAGUAACACUGGUUGGUAGCUAGCUGGGACACCGGGAGGCAGCAGUAACACUGGUUGGUAGCUAGCUAGGACACCGGUAGACAGCAGUAACACUGGUUGGUAGCUAGCUAGGACACCGGGAGGCAGCAGUAACACUGGUUGGUAGCUAGCUAGGACACCGGGAGGCAGCAGUAACACUGGUUGGUAGCUAGCUAGGACACCGGGAGGCAGCAGUAACACUGGUUGGUAGCUAGCUAGGACACCGGGAGGCAGCAGUAACACUGGUUGGUAGCUAGCUAGGACACCGGGAGGCAGCAGUAACACUGGUUGGUAGCUAGCUAGGACACCGGGAGGCAGCAGUAACACUGGUUGGUAGCUAGCUAGGACGCCGGUAGACGGCAGUAACACUGGUUGGUAGCUAGCUAGGACACCGGUAGACGGCAGUAACACUGGUUGGUUGGUAGCUAGCUAGCUAGGACACCGGUAGACGGCAGUAACACUGGUUGGUUGGUUGGUAGCUAGCUAGCUAGGACACCGGUAGACGGCAGUAACACUGGUUGGUUGGUAGCUAGCUAGGACACCGGUAGACGGCAGUAACACUGGUUGGUUGGUAGCUAGCUAGCUAGGACACCGGUAGACGGCAGUAACACUGGUUGGUUGGUAGCUAGCUAGCUAGGACACCGGUAGACGGCAGUAACACUGGUUGGUUGGUAGCUAGCUAGCUAGGACACCGGUAGACGGCAGUAACACUGGUUGGUAGCUAGCUAGCUAGGACACCGGUAGAGUUUAGUUCGCCCAUCAUCAGUUUAAUUUCCCUUUUGACCAACAUUUUAAUCUCAUAGAAUAUCAAGUGGCCCACAAGCAUGAAGAUCAAGGCUAACCUACUUCAUGAAGUGAUUUGUUUGACAAUCAGAUGAAAACCAGUCAUGAUGUUGUGUUCAUGCCACAUUAAAAGGUAAUACAUUUUGAUAGUUAAUUAAAUGACAUGUCUUUACACAGAGGAGGUCCCGUGAAGAAAAACAUAAGUGCCUCGUUAUGGAAAUCAAAUGCCAGUCCAACUGAUUCAUCCUGGCGCCAGCCCCGAGGUACAGGCAGAGACUUUCAUAGCAGGAAACAACAUAAUGCAUAGGCUAUUACUGUUGACCACAUAAUGGUUCUAGAACAAUCCACAGGAACGUUGUGUAGCAAAAUAACCCAAAAUGUAUGCAAAAUGAUUUGGUACGAGGAAGGCGGUGUCGGUAAUUUUGGGUUUAUCGUCCCAGCUCUAGUACGCACACACACACACUGAUGCCAGCUGGAAUGGCACUCCGUCAGAUUUAAGGCAAUCAGGAAGAAUCACCAAAUAUAACCGACUGCUCAGUCCAGCAUCAUCCAUACUGUACCAUUAUCCACCACAAUCUGCUUCUAUACUGGUGCACUAUACCAGAGCUACUACAGGGGAUGCGGACCGGUACUCAACAUCUGAUCUAACUGAUUGAUUUCCUUUGUACAUUUGAGCGUGAGAACAAUAAUAAAAAAAAGCUUUCUUUUUUCUAAAUAGUGUGCCUGUUUGAAUGCUUUGGUGGAGAUUUGUUGACUAAAAUAUUAAAUAAAUUCUUUCAUACAUUUCUAAAA